UGCCUUUUUGGGAGGCCAUGUACUGAAUUCCUUUUCAGGAAAUGCAGCAUACACUGCAAUAUUAUCAUAUCCUUUUUUGUAAAUCGUCCACAGAUGCCAUCUCAAACCUGUGGUCUAAUGCCUUUAAAGAGUAAUCUUCCCCACCAUGAUCUACUCAGAACAUGCUUAUUUUCAGUUGCUUUUUAAAGACGGAAAGCUCAUGGUGCAAAUUGUUAUUUCCUGUGCUGGGGCUGGAGGCCUGGCAGAAUGGGUGCUGAUGGAGCUACAGGGGGAGAUCGAGGCUCGCUACAGCACUGGAUUAGCUGGAAACCUCCUGGGAGACCUCCAUUACACCACUGAGGGAAUUCCUGUGCUGAUUGUGGGGCAUCAUAUCCUUUAUGGGAAGCUCGUCCACCUGGAGAAACCUUUUGCUGUCCUCGUCAAACACUCACCUACAGAUCAGGACUGUGAUGAGCUUGGUGAUACUGGCACCCACUACCUGGUGACGGCACUCAUCAGAAACAAGAUCCUUUUCAAAACUCGCCCCAAGCCCAUUAUCACCAACGUCCCCAAGAAAGUAUGAAAGAACCGCGGA